CAGUAAUCGUACUAGAUUCACAAGAAGGUUACAGCCACUCCUCAGGUGCGAAAGCGGGAGAGCAAACCACGCCCACAAUGCUUUCACUAGCGAGGCGACUCCACCACAGGUCGAACCCCUGCCUCCACCAAGCCGCCGCCCAUCAAAUCCGCCACGCGAGGACCGACGCCGCCGCCUCGUCUUCUCCCAGCCGGAGGCGGCGCCCUAGGUUGGGGUUGGGGGCGGCGCUGAAGAAGGCGGACGAUAAGUCGGAGUGGUGGGUGGUGGACGGCGAGAUGCACGAGAUCGGAGAGAACGUGCCUCUGAGGGAGAGGUUUGUUAUUCCACGAGAUAAUAUCCCCAACCGGCGAAGGAAGCAGCUCCGGGAGCAGUUCAUGCGCCGUACUCGUCUCGUUAUCAAAGAAUCGGAGCAUGAACCCUGGUGCAAAAGGUACAUGGAACUAUAUCAGGAGCUUAGGGAGAAUUGGGAGAGGCUUUAUUGGAAUGAGGGUUAUUCUAAGAAACUAGCUCAGGAUCAUGCUAACUAUGACUCUGCUGAAGAUGAUGAUCAAGAUUUUUCCCCAUAUCGGACAGUGAGAAGGCGACCGUAUGCUGAGCAAACGAAGGAACAAGGUAUGGGAAGAAAUAUGCAAGAUGAUACCUGGGAAAAGGUUAACCAGAUCCGAGAUAAGUUUGAAUAUGACAGAGAGAAAAGAAUGAGAGAAAGAGCUUUUGCGCCUAUGGACAGAGGAACAGGUUUUGUAUUGGAUGAUUCGGUAUCCAACAACCGACCAUUUGACGCUCGGAGAUACUUCCCACAAUCAGAAAGAGGCUGAUGAACGUGUGCCAAAAUGUUUAGCAUGAGAACUGAUAGGUUUUCUAAUUGUACAUUCUCAUGUAACUUUAUAGAGGAGAUGAGAUCUGCAGGAAGAACACUUUUGAGGAUUUUUUUGGAAUUUUGUGUAUUGGAAUUUUCUGCUCUCUGCUUGCCUAAAUGCUUAUGAAUACGUUCAUCAAAUAUCAUAUUGAUCACUUUCCC